AUGGAGAACCAGGUGCUGACGCCGCACGUCUACUGGGCUCAGCGGCACCGCGAGCUGUACCUGCGCGUGGAGCUGAGUGACGUGCAGAAUCCUGCCAUCAGCAUCGCUGAAAAUGUACUGCAUUUCAAAGCUCAAGGACAUGGUGCCAAAGGAGAUAAUGUCUAUGAAUUUCACCUGGAGUUCUUGGACCCUGUGAAGCCAGAGCCGGUUUACAAACUGACCCAGAGGCAGGUAAACAUUACGGUACAGAAGAAGGUGAGCCAGUGGUGGGAGAGACUCACCAAGCAGGAGAAGCGCCCGCUGUUUUUGGCCCCUGACUUUGAUCGCUGGCUGGACGAGUCUGAUGCGGAAAUGGAGCUCCGAGCCAAGGAAGAAGAACGCCUAAAUAAACUCAGAAUGGAAAGCGAAGGCUCCGUUGAAACUCUUAUAAACAUGAAGAAAGGAUACCUGUUCAUGUAUAAUCUUGUGCAAUUCUUGGGAUUCUCAUGGAUGUUUGUCAACAUGACUGUGCGGUUCUUUAUCCUGGGAAAAGAGUCCUUCUAUGACACAUUCCACAGCAUAGCUGACAUGAUGUAUUUCUGCCAGAUGUUGGCGGUUGUGGAGGCUAUCAAUGCAGCAAUUGGAGUCACUAAGUCACCAGUGAUACCUUCUGUUAUCCAGCUUUUUGGAAGAAAUUUCAUUUUGUUUAUCGUCAUUGGCACUAUGGAAGAAAUGCAAAACAAAGCCGUGGUUUUCUUUGUGUUUUAUCUGUGGAGCACAAUUGAAAUUUUCAGGUACCCCUACUACAUGCUUUCCUGCAUUGACAUGGAUUGGAAAGUGCUCACAUGGCUUCGUUACACUGUGUGGAUCCCGCUAUAUCCUCUGGGAUGUUUGGCAGAAGCUGUUUCUGUGAUCCAGUCCAUUCCAGUGUUCAAUGAAACAGGGAGAUUCAGUUUCACAUUGCCAUAUCCCAUGGAAAUCAAAGUUAGAUUUUCCUUUUUUCUUCAGAUUUAUCUUAUAAUGUUAUUUUUAGGAUUAUACAUAAAUUUCCGUCACCUUUAUAAACAGCGUAGGCGACACUAUGGACAAAAAAAGAAAAAGAUCCACUGA